AUGAGCCGUUGUGACAAAGAUAGUGAUGAAGAAAUAUGUGCUGACAUAUUAUCGGACUUUUCGUACGAUAGUGAUUCUGAAAGUCAAGAUAUCGAAGAAAGUAACGAUGAUGACAUUAUUCCACGUUCUCGUGUGUUCAUCCGAAGAAGAAUUUCUAGUAGUUCUGAAACAACUUCUGAUGAAGAAGCAGAUGAAUGGUCAUCGAUUGAUAAUCCUCCAGACCUUGAAGAGUUUUUGGGUCAUCCUGGGAUAACUAACAUGGCUAAACUUCCCGAAUCCACAGUUGAUGCAGUGAAGUUAUUUAUAGGCGACGACUUUUUUGCAUAUUUAGUCGCGGAAUCAAACAGAUAUUAUUAUCAAAAUAUGAAUCAGUUCAAAAUAUCUCCCAAAAGCAUGAAAUGGAGAGAUAUUACGAUUCCGGAGAUGAAGACAUUUUUGGGGCUUAUUAUUUUCAUGGGACAAGUUCGUAAAGAUGUCCGAGACGAUUAUAGGUCAACUGAUGUCUGUAGAAGUACACUGUUUUUUUUAAAACUAUGUCAAGGGGUAGAUUUCGCCAAAUAUGGAAGGCUUGGCAUUUCGAUAACAAUGAAGACAUCUCAGACGAUUCUAAUCGGUUAUUCAAAAGUUUACAAUGCUGGAAAAAUUAUAAAAUACGGCAUACUCAUACGAAUUUUGUCUGAAAGUGACACAGGUUAUAUUUGCAAUUUUAAAGUUUAUGCAGCUCAAGGAUUACGAUUGAUCGAAACGAUACGCACAGUAGUUUCGCCAUAUACUGAUGUCUGGCACCAUUUGUAUAUGGAUAAUCACUACAACAGCGUCGAUAACACGGAAGCCCUUUUACAAAAAAAAAUAUGA